AAAAUAACAAUUAAAGUAAAGAAAAUUGUGAUCCCUUGAUUUUAUCUCUCUGAUAAAGUCGCCUCUUUCGUCGCAGCUAGUCUUCUUCGUCGCCAUCAGAAAAUUCUCAUUCAACACAAAACCUCAAAAAGUUUUCCCAGAAAUCCUAUCAAAAGAAGGACUAUAUCAAGCUUCUGUUUCUGUUUUUUAGAUUUUUUUUUUUUUUUUUUUUACUUCUGUUUCAGCCCACUUUUUUAGUUUCCAGGUUUUACUGUUUUUUAUUUUUUUAACCACUCUGUUUUCAGUUCUUCGUCUAUUAGGGUUUGGUAACUAAUAGUAUCUCUGUUAUGGUAAACCAAGUUUUUUUUUUCAUUUGAAAGCUCAAGAUGUUCUUAGGAUCAUAUGAUUUUCCAUGAGUAUUCAACAUGAAAUUUACUUUCUUCAUAAUGAACCUCAUAAGUACACGAGAGUCUUUAAUCUUAUAUUUGUCAUCACAAUGGAUACACAUAUUUGUAUUGCUUUAAUCUCUGUGACUAUUAUUCUCUCAUUGUUAGUGUAUAGUUAGCUAUGUUACAUUGAAGUACUUGUGGUGUUUGAGUUUGGUUUUCCAGUUACUUAGUAUGAUCACAGAGCUAGAUUUUGCCUCCCAUUAGAGUUUCAAUUAGGAGUCUUAUGAAUUUUUUCUGGAUACUACAGGUCUUUUGGUAACCUAAAGAGCUGCUAUACACUGAUCUGAGAACUGUCAAAACUUUAUCAUACCAAAGAAUGGGUUGCUGCUGUUGUCUCCCGAGUAUACCCGAAAGCUCAAGAACUAUAGAUGAGCAUCUUCCCUUAUCUCGUGCCACGCCUUCCUCUCUCUCUAAUGCAUACAGUUCACCUCUUUCGCCGCCUAUUCCUUUAGCCAUCACGAAUAUAAAUCUUCAAACUAGUCCACCGAAAUUGCCAAGAACUCAGGGCAAUUCGAGUGAAGCAUCCCCGGGACUCACACAAGUUGUUCCAGAGAAGAAAACAUGGCAUGUUGAUGAUCUAACUGAUUUUGAGCUAAAGAAACAGUAUCGAGAAGCAAUCGAUGAAUGUCCAAUUUGCUUAGAAGAAUAUGAGAUUGAUAACCCGAAAUUGCUCACUAAAUGUGGCCAUGACUUUCAUCUCGCUUGCAUUCUUGCAUGGAUGGAAAGAAGCGAGGCGUGUCCAGUUUGCGAUAAGGAAUUAGUGCUCACUGAAUCAUAAUCGUGAACAAGAAACCAAUAGCUCGGAACAAGAAGUGCGAAAAACGGUACAGAAGAUUUGAUAUAAACAGGCAUUAGGACUUACUCUGGUGGUAUGAUGAACAUUGUUGCUCUCUACUACAUUCAGAAGCUUUCACUUCCUUUUGAUGAUAUACAGAAAUUAGAUUUGAUUGUUUAAUAUUCUUUGAAAAACUCUUAUGUUUAAGAUUUGUUUCUGAAUCUGAAUUAAUUCGAGAAAAGUUGAAGAACAGUUUUAGAAGAGCCUGAAAAUUCAGAGAUUUUACUGUGAUAAAAAAGGAUUCUCUGACAA